CGGGGGAAGCAAAACAUAGCAUCUAUAAUUCUAUUCCGUAAUUGUUAACGUAAACAAACGAAGAGGUGAAUUGAUCGUCUGGUGAGACCUCUCCAGUUUGUACGGUCGCUUCCUCAAUAUCUUUUUUAUUUAUAGCGCAAAUAAAUUGCAAAUAUUCGGAUCUGUAAAAAAUGGGCGACGGGAUUUUUGGCCCAACCAUGGAUCUGAUGCGAUCGGAGCCGAUGCAAUUAGUGCAACUUAUCAUUCCUAUCGAAUCAGCUUAUCGCACCAUUUCUUAUCUCGGUGACCUCGGCCUCUUCCAAUUCAAUGAUCUUAAUGCGGAAAAGAGCCCGUUCCAACGGACGUAUGCUGCUCAGAUUAAAAGAUGCGCAGAAAUGGCUCGCAAGCUACGUUUCUUCAAGGAGCAAAUGACAAAGGCUGGGUUGUCACCGACAAAAUCUUUAAGAAGUAGCGAUGUUGAUCUGGAUCGUUUGGAGAUGGCGCUUGGAGAACUGGAAUCGGAGCUGAUAGAGAUAAAUUCGAAUAAUGAAAUGCUAAAGCACACUUACAAUGAACUAUCAGAAUAUAAGCUUGUCUUGCAGAAGGUAUGGCUUCUUUUGCAUCCAAAGCCUUUGGCUGGUGAACUUUUUCACUCUGCUCAAAUCAGUGUUGCAGCUCAGCAGAGUGAACUUGAAGCAUAUAACACUGCUGAAGCAUCCAUUGACAGUGCAUUAUUGUUGGAGCAGGAAAUGACAACGGAUCCAUCAAAGCAAGUUAAGCUGGGGUAUAUCAGUGGUCUUGUUGCAAGAGAAAAGGCAAUGGCUUUUGAAAGGAUUUUGUUUCGAGCAACUAGGGGCAAUGUCUUUUUGAAGCAAUCCGUGCUUGAAAAUGCUGUUGUUGAUCCCGUGUCAGGGGACAAGGUUGAAAAAAAUGUAUUCAUUGUCUUCUAUUCUGGUGAAAGAGCAAAGAACAAGAUUCUUAAACUCUGUGAAGGUUUUGGAGCAAAUCGCUAUCCAUUUAUGGAGGACCUUAACAGACAGUUUCAGAUAAUUUCCCAGGUGUCUGGAAGACUUGCCGAGCUUAAAACUACUAUAGAUGUUGGGUUGGUGCACUGGAGCAAUUUGUUACAAACCAUUGGCUUUGAUUUUGAGCAGUGGAAUUUUCUGGUGAAGAAGGAAAAAUCUAUUUACCACACUUUAAAUAUGCUCAACAUGGAUGUGACAAAGAAGUGUCUUGUUGCUGAAGGGUGGUGCCCAGUUUUUGCAACAGAUCAGAUACAAAAUGGAUUACGGCGAGCGACUUUAGACAGCAGCUCACAAAUUGGAGCCAUAUUCCAUGUUUUGCAGACAAAGGAUUCACCCCCUACCUAUUUCCAAACAAAUAAAUUUACUUCUGCUUUUCAAGAAAUUGUAGAUGCAUAUGGGGUUGCCAAGUACCAGGAAGCAAAUCCUAGUGUAUACACAAUUGUCACAUUUCCCUUCCUUUUUGCUGUUAUGUUUGGUGAUUGGGGCCAUGGUAUCUGCUUGCUGUUGGCAACAUUAUAUUUUAUUUUCAGGGAAAAGAAACUUUCCAGUCAGAAGCUUGGAGACAUUAUGGAAAUGGCUUUCAGUGGCCGUUAUGUGAUAAUGAUGAUGGCAAUUUUUUCAAUCUACACGGGGUUGAUAUACAAUGAAUUCUUUUCAGUUCCAUUUGAACUGUUUGGGCCAUCGGCGUAUGGGUGUCGUGACCAGUCUUGCGGGGAUGCUUCUACUGCUGGUCUAGUUAAGGUUCGCGCCACAUAUCCAUUUGGUUUGGAUCCUAAAUGGCAUGGUACCCGGAGCGAGUUGCCUUUUCUUAACUCGAUGAAGAUGAAGAUGUCAAUUUUAUUUGGAGUGGCCCAGAUGAAUCUUGGUAUCAUAAUAAGUUACUUCAAUGCAAAGUUCUUUGGAGAUAACAUAAAUAUCUGGUAUCAAUUUGUGCCUCAGAUGAUUUUCUUAAACAGCUUGUUUGGUUACCUUUCACUCCUCAUAAUAGUGAAAUGGUGCACUGGUUCACAAGCUGAUCUAUACCAUGUGAUGAUAUACAUGUUUCUAAGUCCCACAGAUGAUUUGGAUGACAAUCAGCUUUUUUUCGGCCAGAAAUUUUUUCAGAUCUUGUUGCUACUAUCAGCCCUUGCUGCUGUCCCAUGGAUGUUGUUUCCAAAGCCUUUUCUAUUGAAGAAACAACAUGAGGAAAGGUUCCAAGGUCAAUCAUAUGCACGGCUGGACAGCAGUGAUUUCUCUCCUGAAAUCGAGCCGCAUUCUGUUUCUCAUAACCAUGAGGAAUUCGAGUUCAGCGAGGUGUUUGUUCACCAACUUAUACAUACCAUAGAGUUUGUGCUUGGAGCAGUGUCAAAUACGGCUUCAUAUUUACGUUUAUGGGCCCUCAGUCUGGCCCAUUCAGAGCUAGCAAGUGUAUUCUAUGACAAGGUUCUUCUUCUAUCCUGGGGGUACAACAGCAUCUUAGCUCGCAGUAUUGGCUUGAUUGUAUUUAUAUUUGCAACUGUUGGUGUCCUACUAGUGAUGGAGACCCUUAGUGCAUUCCUACAUGCCUUGAGGCUUCAUUGGGUAGAGUUUCAAAACAAAUUUUACGUGGGAGAUGGAUACAAAUUCUAUCCAUUUUCAUUUGCUUCGCUUGGUGAAGAUGAUGAAUGAGAUACGUUAACUGAAUAGAAUAGUCACAGCCUUAGAUAGGAAAUAGAAUUUAUCAUACAUUGAUGAAAGUUUACCAAACUUGCAAUCCUGUUAAACAUGAUCAAGGAGCUCGAGAAAGAUAAUUGAGGAGGUGUUUCUGAUUUCGGAAGAACCUGCUCACGAGGAACAAUCAAUUUCACCGUGUUCGUGGUUAUUGAAUCAAGCCUUGCUAGUGUGGCUGCCUAUUCCCUGCGCGUGGAUUGUCGAGAUUGACUUUGAUCAAGAGCAACUAUAAAGGAAAUUUGUUGUAUGAUGCGUCUAGAAUUUUGCCAGCCAGUCAUUGUACAAGCUUCAAGAAUUUUUGCCAGCUAGAAUUCAUGGUGUGCUGGCUAUAAUCUUCGUCAGUGGGUACUGUUGUGCAAUAUUGUCUAGUGAGGAGAAGAAAGUAAUCAGUGUUGAAAAUAGACAUUGAACUCUCUUUGUAGAUGAGGAGUUAGGAAUAUAACACGACGUUUCUUAAA